AUGAACCGUGAUGAUGCCAAUGCAAUUCGACUUCAUCUCCUCUAUAAAGAGUUCCCGGAGUAUUUUGUUUGGGAAGGUGUUAAACGAAAAUGGAUGUUGCGAAAAAGGCAAACAGUUGUUGGGAGGCUCUGCACUGUAAAUCCACAGGAAGGUGAACGAUAUUUUGAGCGUUUGCUACUUGCCAAAGUUAGGUGUCCGGUAUCCUUUGAUGAUCUUUUAUCUGUAGACGGCCAACAGUGUAGCACCUUCCGAGAGUCCGCUAUUCGUAGAGGAAUUUUACAAUCGGACGAGUAUGUUGAUAAUUGUAUGGCAGAGGCUGUUUUAUUUCAUGUCCCUUACUGUUUACAUAUCCUGUUUGCGUUAGUUCUUGUAUACGGCUCUACUUCCGAUACGCAACUGUUGUGGGAUAAGUACUACUUCUCAUUAUCUGAAGAUUUUAGUCAUGAUACGUCACUAGGAGAGAAAGAUGUUUUGCUGAAAACAGUUACUACAAUAGAUCUUAUUCUUAUAUCCAUGGACAAGUCUAUAUCUGAUUAUGCAAUUAAAUUUCCCUUUGGGUAUUUACCUUCUACUGACAGAUUGAGUGCAGAUUAUAGGCAUGAACGAUCAAUAAUUAUUUCAGAUGAGGAUAUGGCAAGGUCUUUUUUUUUGGACGGUCAAGGUGGAACAAGUAAAACAUUUCUGUACCGAGCCUUGCUUACAUACGUUCGGUCCCGGGGUAAUAUUGCUCUUGCCGUUGCAACCUCUGGAGUGGCCGCAUCUCUUCUUCCCGGUGGCCGUACGACACAUUCUAGAUUCAACCUUCCAUUUGAUAUAGACGACAAGCCAAUCGGUAAGGUGAGUAAACAAAACAGCCUUGGUAAAAUGAUUGUAGAGGCAAGAUUAAUAAUAUGGGACGAGGCGACAAUGGCAAACCGUCAUUCUGUUGAGUCGUUGGAUGAUGUAUUGCGUCAUUUAUGUGAUGCAUCACUUCCAUUUGGCGGAAAGCUUGUUUUACUUGGCGGCGAUUUUCGUAAGACUUUACCGGUGGUUGUUCGUAGUUCAAGGGAGUCGAUGGUUGGAGCAUGUAUAACGAUUUCUCAUAUUUGGUGCAACGUAAUACGCCUAGAACUUUCUGAAAAUAUGCGCGCUAGACAGGAUCCAAAUUUUAUUGCUUUUCUGUUGCGCGUUGGGGAUGGCGUUGAACCUGUUAUAUUUGACGACAACAUACAUAUUCCAAAUGAGAUGCUAAUUCCUUUUGUGGAUUCUGAAGUUUCUUUUGGCUGCCUUGUCGACAGCGUCUAUCCUUCAUUUGAUACUCUUUCAGCAAAUCCUUAUGCAUUGGUGAAUAGGGCAAUUCUCACUCCAAUAAAUGAAUGUGUUGACUAUAUUAAUGAUCUAUUAAUAGAUAGAUUCACAGGACAAGUUAAAGAGUAUAUUAGUUUCAAUAAAACCACCAACGAAAUGAAACAGGCCGAGUAUGAGGAUUAUCUCAAUGGUGUCUCGGCAAGUGGGUUACCUCUACAUGUGUUGCGCUUGAAAGAAAAUUUCCCGAUUAUGCUAUUAAGAAAUUUGGAUCCAGUUCGAGGCUUGUGCAACGGGACAAGGCUCAUCUGCCGUCAGUUGGGUGAUAAUUUCAUUAAGGCUGAAAUUGCAACUGGAGAUUUCAAGGGGGACCAUGUUUUCAUUCCACGUAUACCUCUUGAAUCUUCAUCUAAACUAGAGUGUCCUAUCCCAUUUAGGCGGCUGCAAAUCCCGGUUCGUCUUUGCUUUGCUAUGACGAUUAAUAAAUCACAGGGGCAGACUUUAGGGUUUGUGGGAAUAUAUCUACGUGAGCCAGUAUUUUCUCACAGUCAGUUAUACGUUGCUUUGUUAAGGGCCAAAUCUGCUGAAUUCAUUAAGAUUCUAAUUGAGCCAUCUACAAAGAAAUAA